GGAAGAGGAGGAGGGAGAGGCUUCUUUUUCCCUCCCCUUCCCUCGCACUUUGAAUGACAUGCUUGCAUCAUGACCGUGGAGGAUGUUGUCCACGUUCCCGCGAGCUGCUGAGUGGGCGGCGCCACAUUUCUGCAGUGCUUUCUGUUGGCGAGGAGGAGGAGGAGGAGGAGGAUGAAGAUGUGCAAGAUGGCAGCAGAGUUGUGCAAGAUGAAGAUGAGCAAGAUGGCAGCAGACUUGUGCAAGAUGAAGGAUGACGUGUUGCGGUGCAAUUUGUGAAUGAGAGACCCGGCCCGGCCUGCACGGUGAUGACGACCACCGGGGGGCGGACGACGCUCGGUGCUGUGGCAUGCCGCGCGGCGCUUGAUGGAAUGCGAGCCGAGUGACGCCGACACGCCGAGCAUGGCCGAGGAGGAGGAGGAGCUGGAGGCGCCGCCGCCGAGCGUGGACAUCGACCCGGACUUCGAGCCCCAGAAGCGGCCGCGCUCCUGCACUUGGCCGCUGCCCCGUCCGGACUGUGGCGCGGGGAAAGCGGGGGCGAAUGACGUCAUCCCGGAGGAAGAGGACGACGAGGAGGAGGGAGGCGGCGCGGGGAGUGGCGAGACCCCGCGGGGGGGCGGCUGUGGCGGCGGCUGUGGCGGCGGCGGCGAGCUCGCCCCGCGGCCGCCGGAGCUCCGGGGCGACGAGGCCGGGGAGGGCUCGCCUUCCUCGGCUCAGCUCGCACCGGCGGCGGCUCCGCAGCAGGCGCGGAAGUGUUCGGCCCGCAGGAACGCGUGGGGGAAUUACUCGUACGCCGACCUGAUCACGCAGGCCAUCGAGUCUUCCCCCGACAGCAGACUGACGCUGUCCCAGAUCUACGACUGGAUGGUCCGCUCCGUGCCCUACUUCAAGGACAAGGGCGACAGCAACAGCUCGGCCGGGUGGAAGAAUUCCAUCCGGCACAAUCUGUCCCUCCACAGCCGCUUCGUCAAAGUCCAGAACGAAGGCACGGGCAAGAGCUCCUGGUGGAUGGUCAACCCGGACGGCGGCAAAGGGGGCAAAGCGCCGCGGCGCCGCGCCGUCUCCAUGGACAACAGUAAGUACAUCAAGGGCGCCCGGGGCCGCGCCACCAAGAAGAAGGCCUCGCUGCAGGCCGCCCAGGACGGCAGCUCCGAGAGCCUCUCCAAGUGGACGGGGAGUCCCACCUCCCGGAGCAGCGACGAGCUGGACGCCUGGACCGACUUCCGCUCGCGGACCAACUCCAACGCCAGCACGCUGAGCGGCCGCUUGUCGCCCAUCCUGGCCAACUUGGAGCUGGACGAGGUCCCCGCCGACAGCUCCCCCCUGUCCCCCAUGCUGUACUCCAGCCCCAGCAGCAUGUCGCCGUCCACCGUCCCCACCGGCCUCUCCGACCUGGCGGGGACCAUGAACCUCAACGACGGCCUGUCCGACAACCUGAUGGACGACCUUUUGGACAACAUCAGCCUGACGGCGGCGCAGCAGCCUCCUCCUGGCGAGGACGACAAAGGUCAGGGAAGCUCCGUGUUCACCUUCAGCUGCUCGGGAGGCGGACUGGCCAGUCCGGUGGGAAGCUACGGUCCCAAUCCUCUCUUCAGCCCGCCGUCCAUCACCAGCCUGCGCCAGUCGCCCAUGCAGACCAUCCAGGAGAACAAGCAGACCACCUUCUCCUGCGCCUCGCUCUUCAGCAACCACCAGACCCUGCAGGACCUCCUCAGCCUGGACCACAGCGACGUCAUGCUCACGCAGUCCGACCCGCUCAUGUCGCAGGCCAGCGCCGCCAUCGCCCUGCAGAACUCCCGCCGCAACGCCCUCCUGCUGCGUAAAGACCAAGGCGGUGCCGGCCAAGCCCAAAACCCGCCCGCUUGGCAAGCCAACAACGGCGAGGCUAAGCACCUGAAGUCUCCCGGGAAGAACCAGGACCGCUUUCCCGCCGACUUGGACCUGGAGGUCUUUAACGGAAGCCUGGAGUGCGACAUGGACUCCAUCAUCCGGAACGAGCUGAUGGAGGCCGACUGCUUGGACCUCAGCUUCGACGCCGCCCACAAUGCCAACAUCAACCCGGGGGGCUUCUCUGGCGCCAAACAGACGUCGGCGCAGAACUGGGUCCAAAGCUGAGAGCUCCGGACACAACAUGGACUCAACUAGUGGAAGUUUGUUUAUGUCCUCUUAUUUUCACAUCUGCUUUCUUUGAAGGGAAGGACCUGGUGGACACACUCGUACUCGGGUUUAGAUCUUUGAAGGACCUGGUGGACUUUGAAGGCUGCGUUCACACUCGUACUCGGGUUUAGAUCUUUGAAGGACCUGGUGGACUUUGAAGGCUGCGUUCACACUCGUUCUCGGGUUUAGAUCUUUGAAGGACCUGGUGGACUUUGAAGGCUGCGUUCACACUCGUACUCUGGUUUAGAUCUUUGAAGGACCUGGUGGUCUUUGAAGGCUGCGUUCACACUCGUACUCGGGUUUAGAUCUUUGAAGGACCUGGUGGACUUUGAAGGCUGCGUUCACACUCGUACUCGGGUUUAGGUCCAACUUUUGACUCACUGCGCACUUUGGUUGGUUGGUUUAGUCUUCGCUCUGGUAUUUUUGGCACGGCACCAAAACCUGUGCAGUAAGUACUAAGCAAGUAAGGACUGGACUGGAUGGAAGUACCGACCUAAUUCUGUUACUCACCUAAAAUCCAAUAUUUUGAUACCUUUGCUGCACGUCCGGAACUUGGCGUAUUUGUAGCAAACAGCCUGUAACUAAUACAAUUUGGUAGAAAACGCUCAGAAGUAAGGCUCCACUAGCUCAAAGCUCAUUUACAUUGGAUAUGCCAUAUACAUGCUAACAAUUAGCAUUAGCGAUUUUACAUGGCGAUUUCAACAACCCCAAAUUUGUCAAUGAAUACCGUCUAGUAGUAGCGUAGUAAGUGCAAUAUUUACAGUAUCAACACUUUUGUCGGGUUCAACGUAAGACAAGACGUAAUGGCAAAGACUACUUCCUGACUACGGCAAC